AUGCAGAUCCUUCAGCCAACCCCCCAGGCCGUCUAUAGUGGAGUUCUCAACGCCUUCUCAAAGAUCUCGACCACAGAGGGAGCAAAGACCCUCUGGAGAGGUGUCAACUCGGUCAUCUUGGGCGCUGGUCCUGCCCAUGCUCUUUACUUUGGAACCUAUGAAUAUGCCAAGCAUGCCUUUGGUGGAAACGAAUCUGGACAUCACCCCUUCGCCGCUGCUGGCGCUGGUGCCUGUGCCACCAUUGCCAGUGAUGCCUUGAUGAACCCUUUCGACGUGAUCAAGCAAAGAAUGCAGGUCCACGGAUCGAUCUACACCAGCGUCAUGGAUUGCUUCGUCAAAGUCAACAAGGCCGAGGGCUUCCGCGCCUUCUACAUCUCCUACCCAACCACCCUCACCAUGACCAUCCCCUUCCAAUCGAUCCAAUUCGCAACCUAUGAGUACCUGCGCAAGGUCCUCAACCCCUCAGGAGCAUACGAUCCCAUGACCCACAUCACUGCUGGAGGUAUCGCCGGUGCCAUUGCUGCUGCCGCAACAACUCCCUUGGAUGUGGCUAAAACUCUACUCCAGACCCGUGGAGAGGCUACGGAUGUGAGGAUAAGAAACUGUAACGGAUUGGUCGAUGCCUUCAAGUUGAUCUACCAGCGUCAGGGACUUGCUGGAUUCGGAAAGGGACUCCAGCCUCGUGUUCUGAGUCAUAUGCCUUCCACUGCUAUCUGCUGGGGUGUUUAUGAGUACGGAAAGUGGUUUUUGAGCCGUGAUAAUUCUGACCAGCAGCCCAUUAACUUGCCAUAA